AAGAAAGGACGAUCAACUGAACUUGAGCUCCUGCUCCUCCCUUUUACAAGAGUUCCUGUGGGUUCUGCAUCUUCUUUUAUUGGUCCCCAGGAGGGCGGCCCUGCCAAGGACAAGAGAAGAUGUUCAGCCCAAGGUCAAGGUGGGCUGAGCAGCUGCUGUUCCUGGGCAUCAUGGUCCUCGUGGCCACGACCUUCUUCCUGCUGUUCUACGCUCUCAUCCUGGAGGCCGGCAACCUCAUCGACCUGCCCAACCUGCGGAUCGGCUUCUUCAACUUCUGCCUGUGGAACGAGACGGCCGACUCCCUGCAGUGCUACACGUCCCCAGAGCUGGCGGCCCUGGGUGUGCCCCUGGCUGGGCUGGCCCUGGCCAGGGUCUGCGUGUAUGCGGCCCCGGUCCUCGUCCUCUUCGUCUCCCAGACCCUCCUGCUGGCCCGCUGCAACAGUAACCAGGGAGAGUGGCAGCUGGCGGUGUGGUUCCUGGUGGUGGCCUCCACCCUGCUCUCCGGUGGCCUGGGCCUCUUCCUCACCUCCACCUGGAAGUGGGUCAGCCUGCCCCUCCUGGGGCCCGGGUGUCUAGCUCUGGUCCUUGCCCAGGCCUCGCUCAUCCUCUUGCUGAUGGCCACAGUCGUGUUCCCUCAGAAGGGAGAGGGCACCGGGCUGAGCAAGCUAGAGAACUUCUAGUCCUGCCGAAAGGCUCACGUGCUUGAUUGCAAGGGCUCAGUCUGAACGAUGCUCAGAGAAGGUGCCAGGGGACUCGUGGGUUGGUCCGUUUUCUCAGCCACGCCAUCUCACAGCUACUGCUGACCUCAAGCUCCAGCAGGCCCCAGCGAGGAGGGUCACCGGAGUCCAGAGGCCGGGCAGCAAGGGCAGCCACACCUGAGGCCUCUCACUGUUGGGCUGCCUGUCUUUCAGGACCACUAACACUAUGCUGCACGCUGUCACAGGAAUUUUUACUUUGAUUAACCGGUUUAAGCAGGCGAUUCUUCCUUGAUUCUCAGGAUGGCGGGGGGAGAAGGCCUCCCGUCACAGGGCCAGGUUUCCACGCUGGUCUGCCACAGGCCA